AUUGGUCUAGUUCUGACAGGAGGUCAAGGAAAGAAGAUCACAGGGAAGGAUCAUUAGGUGAUCAGGAGGAGAGUCAUGCAGUUGGUGAAAAGUCGAAGAGGGAAAGAAGCAGCUCAAGACAUUCGCACGAGGGAGACUCGAGUGGAAGUAGACAUCGUCGGCAUAAAAGAUCAGACCUUAGAGACAAGGACGGAAAUGAGAGGAAAAGAAGUGUGGAGACCAGUCCACGAGAUAAAGAUAGGGACAAGAGCAAGCAGAGACGUAGAUACAAGACCGGUGAUCCUGAUUAUGAUCGAAGCAGGAAUGGAAAGAGAGAGAAUGUAAGUGGUUCAUCAAGUGAUGAGAAGAGAGAAGAAAGACACAAAGAGGGAUCUGGUAGUAGCCAUAGGAAACGAAGAAGGUCAUCACACGAGCAGACUCCAAAGGAACCAGAGGAGAUUAUUGAGCGUUGGAGACCAAUAUGAUCGAUCAUCUUUCAUCAUCUCUUUAUUUUAUCUCCUUUGUAUUUCAUCACAUGUUUGAGUUUUUUUUUUAGGCGAGAAUUAAAUUAAGUUUUACGUUAAAAAUAAAUAAUUUUAAAGAUAAACAAAUGGUUUUUUAGUGACGUCAUAAAAAGAAGAAGGAGAAGUUUGAUCGGUAUCCAUCUACCUCUGCACGAUGACGAUAGCGACGCCUUUCAGCGGGGCUGCGAACUCGGUUACGUCGGCGAAAACCGUGCUGAUAACGGGGGUGAGCAAAGGUCUGGGAAGAGCCUUAUCUCUCGAGAUGGCGAAGAGAGGCCACACUGUGAUUGGAUGCGCCCGCACUCAGGAGAAGUUCACCGCUCUUCAAUCGGAGCUCUCCUCCCCGGAGAAUCAUCUCCUCCUCACCGCCGAUGUGAAAUCAGAUAGCAGUGUCAAAGAGAUGGCGCACACAAUCAUGGAGAAGAAGGGUGUCCCGGAUAUCAUAGUUAACAAUGCCGGUACUAUCAAUAAGAACAGCAAGAUUUGGGAAGUCUCUGCAGAAGAUUUUGACAGUGUCAUGGAUACAAACGUCAAAGGAGUAGUGAAUGUACUGCGCCAUUUCAUCCCUUUGAUGCUCCCACGGAAGCAAGGGAUUAUUGUUAACAUGUCUUCUGGAUGGGGAAGAUCUGGUGCUGCCCUGGUUGCACCUUACUGUGCAUCCAAAUGGGCCAUCGAGGGUUUAAGCCGAUCAGUGGCAAAGGAGGUAGCUGAAGGAAUGGCAGUGGUUGCAUUAAAUCCAGGAGUGAUCAACACAGAAAUGCUCACUUCCUGCUUUGGCAACACAGCUUCCUUGUAUCAAGCUCCUGAUGCUUGGGCUGUGAAGGCUGCAACGAUGAUUCUGAACCUUACAGCGGGUGAUAAUGGCGGAUCUCUUACGGUCUAACAACUAAACUACACUUUGCUUUUUGACUUCAGUAAUAUGGAUAAGGAGCUUCUUCAGCAGUCCUUUGAUUUGAGGCUUUAAUUCAUUUUUGUAACCAGAAAUUUUAGCAUAGUCACUACGUUCUAAGUUCAACUAAGCUGUAUUUUUUUGUAACGUUUUCACUGAAGUCAAUUUUAGAUAAAUAAAAAGUUAGGAGGAUGAA